CGACGAAGCGAAAGAUAAAACUCACACAGUAAAUACCUUCCAUUUCUACUUCGUUGAAGAUCUCUCUUCCUCUCUCUGCGCUCGGAGCCGGGACUAAAGUCGCCGUCGAUCUACCGCCGUCGCCGUUUCUGUCACUAUUGACUAAAUGGCUGGUAGAGCAAUCAAUCAGUUACUGAGGUGCAGACUUCAAUUGCAAUCUGCUGUUGCCCCUCCAGUUUUGUCAUCCCUUGUUUCAAAGAAAGAUAAAGAGGGAGUUGAAUCUGCUGGGAUCAAGUCCCUGAGAGCAUUUGCUCUUCUUGGAGCAGGUGUAUCGGGGCUUUUGAGUUUUACGACAAUAGCAUUUGCUACUGAUGAGGCUGAACAUGGUCUGGAUUGUCCAAACUAUCCUUGGCCUCACAAAGGCAUUCUCAGUUCAUAUGACCAUACUUCGAUUCGUCGUGGUCACCAGGUUUACCAGCAAGUCUGUGCUUCUUGUCAUUCAAUGUCCCUAAUAUCAUAUCGUGACUUGGUGGGUGUGGCUUACACAGAAGAGGAAGCAAAAGCUAUGGCAGCUGAGAUUGAGGUUGUUGAUGGACCUAAUGAUGAGGGUGAAAUGUAUACUCGACCUGGUAAACUGAGUGAUCGUUUUCCGGAGCCAUAUGCAAAUGAGCAAGCUGCAAGGUUUGCCAAUGGGGGAGCAUAUCCUCCAGAUUUAAGUCUUAUCACUAAAGCUCGUCACAAUGGCCAGAAUUAUGUUUUUGCGCUUCUAACUGGUUACCGCGAUCCUCCUGCUGGUAUUUAUAUCCGAGAUGGCUUGCAUUACAAUCCUUACUUUCCUGGGGGAGCCAUUGCCAUGCCUCAAAUGCUUAUUGACGGUGCUGUUGAGUACGAAGAUGGUACCCCUGCUACGGAAGCCCAGAUGGGGAAAGAUGUUGUGACAUUUUUGUCAUGGGCUGCAGAACCAGAAAUGGAGGAGAGAAAAUUGAUGGGAUUCAAGUGGAUAUUUGUACUCUCAUUGGCUUUGCUUCAAGCUGCGUAUUACAGGCGCUUGAAGUGGUCCGUUCUCAAGUCUCGUAAGCUGGUACUCGACGUCGUCAACUAGGAAUCCUCCUCGUCAUCUUGAUAUGAUGCUUGUAGGGAGGAAUUGAAUUGACUAAUAUAGUUUUGUCAUUAAGUGAACUAUGGCUUUUGGUUGUGAAGAAUUGGUUCCAACUGUGUAUUGGUGAUGCAGAAAAUAAGAUAAUAAACUCUCGACAUUUUCUUUUC